AUGGACGAGAAUGCGCUGAUCGCCCGGGCGAAGGAGGAGCGGGAGAAAAUUUUCCAACGCUACGAAAAGGGCCGGGAAGCAGGCGCCGAGAUUGACCCGUGGGAAGAUCCACAGUUCGAAGUAUAUCAUCAGACCGAUAGGUAUGGAUUCAUACACGACAAACGCCUACCACGAAAGCGCGAUCCGCACGAAGCCAAAGCGACGGAGAUCGAAAUGGAACGGGUAAAGAAGUGGUUGAAGAUGCUGGGCAAAUCCCCAAUAGACACGCUACCACCCACCAAACCCAUCAAACGUGCCCUCCAGUGGGAGGAUCGUGCGGUACAGGCGAAGGUACGGAAGCGAGUCUACAAGGGCAUCCCGGAGAAGGUACGCCGGCAGGUGUGGUGCAAGCUGCUAAACCUCAAGGAGGUUAUGGCGAAUAACCAGGAUAAGUACCGUGAGAUGCUACUGUUGGCCCGCCAGUGGAGCACCGAGGCCCGGCAGAUUGAUUCGGACGUCAAUCGGCAAUUUCGGGAGCACAUCGACUACCGGGAGCGUUACAGUGCGAAGCAGAAAAGCCUCUUCAAUGUGCUGGUUGCAUACAGCAUGUACAAUUCCGAGGUUGGCUACUGCCAGGGCAUGUCGGGAUUGGCCGGAGUGUUGCUGAUGUACAUGGAGGAGGAAGAAGCAUUUUGGGCGCUCAGUGUCCUGCUGGCCGAUAAGAAGUUUGCAAUGCACGGACUGUUCAUUGAAGGCUUCCCCAAGUUGACCCGCUUUCUAGCGCAUCACGAUAAAAUAAUAACCAAAUUCAUACCAAAGCUAAAGAAACACUUCGAUCAGUACAAUCUCGACUCGAUCCUGUACUCGUUGAAGUGGUUCUUCGUAGUUUUCAUCGAACGGAUACCAUUCAGCUUAUGUUUGCGCGUUUGGGAUGUGUAUCUUCUCGAUGGCGAAAAGGUGGUCACUGCCAUGGCCUACAAUAUACUGCGUUUGCAUAAGAAUCGCAUUCUCAAGCUCAAAGAUAUGGACCUCAUACUGCAAUACAUUCAGACGAAACUGUACGAGGAUUUCGGUUACGAUGACGAUAUUGUGCUCAAAAAUCUCGAACAGUGCAUGGAAGAGUUGCGGAAGGCCGGUCUGGAGCUGCCGCCACCGGCCAGUGAAAUAGAGCUGCCGAAGAAACCUUUCGGGGUGUUCGUGGAACCGAGUACCGAGGCCAAGAUCGGUCGACGGAAGCAAGAGUUCACCGAAACGGAAAAAGAUGUUACGGAAGCGGUUAAGCUUAAGCGUGAAAUUACGGAACAGGAAAUUGCCACCCUCAGCCAAGUUGCAACAACAUCCGGAGGUUCCAGCCAACAUCUUAAUACGGUGCACAUUCCAGAGUCGGAGGAUGGAGGUUCGCUACUGGGCAGUUCACGUAAAUCGCUUGCCGACACCUCGGUCACGUCCACCGCCGAUCUGAGCGUCCUUUCCGGUGGCCAAAGUCAGCGAUCGCACCAGGCGUUCGAUUUCUACGUCGAAGAUCAGAAAGUGAUCCCCAGCGAGGACGAAGGUGACGGUGGUGAAAGCAGUCCGGUAUCAAAGCCAACUCAGUCUUCGGCAUCCGCGAAGGUACGCUACGAGGCCUCCGUUGGCUGUUCCUCCACCGCCGCCUCCACGAAGAGGCAAACGAAGCUUAGAAGUGCCGCUUCUGCCAUCGGUUCCACAAGCGUCGUAGAGCGUAGCCCGUCAACGCUGCAACUGAUGACACCGCGGGCCAUGUCACCGCAUGAUGUCGUGCGAAUCUACGUGCCUCCAGCACCACCGGAAGAGCAGCGAAUGGCGGCCGGAAUCGCCAACGGUCGACCGUCGAUCGAUCGACAGAACGGUGAACACGACACGGCCUCAAACGAACAGCACGCGCGACGACACGAUCGAUCGUCAAACGGCGACGCCGGCGCAUACGAAGGGGCGGUUGACGACGACGACGAUGAUGGCGAAUCUCAAACAAGGCGAAAUAGUGAAAUUGAUCUGUACCUGCAGCAAUCGGCUGGUGCUCCCAUGACCGGACCAUCGGCACACGGUAGUGGACGGUACUGCAACGAGUACCCUAGCGGCGACUUCCAAAGCGUACCGGUGGCGGCAUCAUCAGUCACGUCGUCAACGCAGCAUUACGCCUCGAACGGUCGUUCCAGUUCGUCGUCCCGGCGGGGUAGCAUGUCGCGCAAAUCACCCGCUCCUAUGCUGGACAGCGAGUUCAUCAUCGAGUGUAGUCACGUGAAGAACCGCAAGUACGUUCCGGACCAUCACAGUAGCCACAACAGUCUGGUGCUGGGGGGAGCAGCAGUACCUGGCGGAAGCCGGAAUGGCUCGGAGAGCAACAUCCACCGGAUGACCUCGUUCGAAGAGUUGGCCAAAGCAAAACUGCAGCAGCACCUGUCGGGUAGCGGCAGCAGCAACAGCCUGCUGCGAAUCACCUCCGACGAUUACCAGCGAAGAACGGCGAAGUUGAUCACGGGUGCCGGUGGUAUGUCAUCGCUGAGCCGGAUGGCGCGGAGCGAAAUGUACGAUUCUGUCGACCGCGGUCAGCAACGGUGCGACGAACGAAUCGAGCUGCAUGCUGGAGGCGAUGGUUCGAUUCCGUCUCGCAUCACCUCCCGGGGACACAAGAGUGACUAUAACAUCCAGUAUCGCAACCUGUCGCCCCAGUUAGGUCCGGCUUCACCGUUCAGCGACGGUGGCACGGGUGACGGAGCAACGACGGAGUGGAGCAGCGGAGGAGGUGUCGAGUACCGGGCAUUCAAGGGCUCGUCCCGACAGAACAGUGCUAACGAUGAUAGCUCACCCUUCGAUUACGAUCCACUCCUAGAUUCGGGAGUUCCUUCGAAGCGCUACAAUCGGUUCUUCAAUAACGACGAAGAAGACGAGGAAGAGGACGAAGAGAGACCCGGAGUGGCGCUCGAAGAAACCAACGGGGGACGAAAUGCUGGAGCGCACCGUGCCCGUGAACGGCGAGACGACGAAGAUAAAUUGUUGGGUAAAUCCUCGGAUGAUUCAUCGACGAGCCCACCGCCAAAUGGAAGCUUCCGUCCUUCGCAGUUACCGCAGUACAACCGCAGUACACCCGGCAGCCAGGCGUUUACCGGCAGUCAGGGACGGCAGCAGCGUCCGCGACAGCGUCAACCGCAUCAGAACGGAAGCAACACACCGACGAGUGAAACGGUUCCGCUCCUUCCCGCCUCCCCAACGGAUGGGUCGUCCCCUGGAAGUACCUUUUCCUCACGCCGAAUGCACCCUGCCACUGGUUCUUCCACUCCCAUGGCGGCUUCCUCGUCCAUUCCCGUUAGCAGCGCAAAGCGCAAGCAAUCGGCCGAUACUUCGUCGAGCCACCGCCGGCGAGGUUCGAACGCAUCGGGCAAACAUUCGCAGCAAGCCGCCAUGGUCUCUCCACCACCGUCCGUUGUCAACCAGUCCCGCAUUCCGGUCGGUAUGAAAUCGCCCACUUCCCCGCCCGGCUCGUUGCAAGGUUCGUUCCGAUCCGGUUCGAAAACGAAUCAACGACACACUCCGCGUCUCUCCGUUGAAACCGGUGGUGGCAGUACAACAGUGUCCCCAACCACAGCCGACAGCCGGUUGCCGCACUACCAAUACGGAGGUCCUACGUCCCCAGAGGAACUGCGUUCGCCCACGUUGGGUUCGUUUUCGUCCGGCACAGGAAGCUACUCGUCGCGGCUUGGAUCGUCCCGCUCGGCACACCAGAUACAGUCCGACGCGAACAAAAUACGUAUACAAAUCAAUCCCUCCCAAUCGUACACGACGGGCUAAAGACAGGCAGUUCUAGGAGAACUUUUGCUGCUUCCAAAGCUGUCCAACAAAUGUGCAUCGAAUUAGUAGAAUAUGCCCGUUUUCCGAUCCCUGGACCCUACCACUACUUAAUACUCAUAAGAAAGGGGUUAUGGUUAAGGCCACGAGCGAAACGACACAACAGUAACCGAACCAUUCCAAUCGUUUUGAUGAUCUUUUCCAUGCGACAUAUACAAAGUAUAAAUACGCUGAAAUUGGUCCCAAAUUAGAAUCUUUUAUUUACCAAAAUCUGUACCUCUUACAGACUCCAAGAAGGCGGCCGUGGAGGAAAAGCCAUCGCCGUCAACAUUUACUUUCGAAUGUUUUAUUGUUACCUUAGAACCGACACUAUCAUAGUAAGCCGUGUGGCGCAUCUCGGUUAUCGAAAGAGGUACAGUGGGCAAAAAGAAACGAGGGAACCAUAGUUUAUGACCCUUUUCUGCAGCGUACCUUCUUCUUUUCUAUCAGAGGAUAGAUAGGAUUGGUGGUGAGUACGAAGCUCUCUCGACACCUGAAUUGGGCAUCGUUCAACGAGAUCCCGUCCACUCGCCCUCUUACUGCACCACGAAGCAAUAGAAUUUGACUGAUCGUUAAUGUCGUGCUGCACGGUGGGCAAAGAACAAAACACGUGCAUUUAUGAGAUUUAUUUUCAUUCCCAUCGGAGUCGCGUAGCAACAGAGUGUACUCUAGCGACAAUAGCAUUUCAAAGAAAGGAUAUUUCCCCACAGCCUACUACCGUUGUUACGGCCCGAGACUUCGCCUUCGAAUUCGAUAUGCCCAAUCGUUUCGAGAGUAUCGAGAACCGGAAUAGCGAAACAGUCUGUGUGUGUGCGUGUGCUUGUUAGGCGACUGUUUAUUGUUCGGUUUUGUUUGCUUGUUGACAGAACAAUCGAUAAAAUGCGAACGUUGUAAAGAUGCUAUUGAUUUUAUGGGGCGGUGGUGGUUCUGAUGUCGGAACGAAAAACAACACCACGAAUAGAGUGCACGUUGUGCGGAUUUAAGGUUUACAAACAUAUAGCUGUUGAAGAUGCGCAACGUACGUAGCGAAAACGAAAACCAAUCGAUCGAAUUCGAAAUGGAAGAAUCGAGAGACAAACAACCGGUACUUGUUAAUCAUUGCGUAAGCGAAGAAGUGGUGUAAGCGACAAAAAAUAUUCGAUUAAAAUCGUCAAAACCGAGCAGGUAUGAAAAACAAAUCGAAAGCCGUUCACAUGAAUGCAACGGUUGUCCAGUGCAAGGCAUUUAUCAAAAAAUAUAAACACAAAAAUCGAAAGAUAUUAAAAGCAACUUGCCAAAAACAUCCUUCUUGCUUGGAAGACUGUUUCGGUAUCCAAUCCUUAUUUUCAUUUGGUUCCUUUCUCGCCUCUCGGUUCACGCUAUGGUCGUGUAAGAUACCCGGUUGACAAUUUCUCUGCUUUCCGCCAGAAACUGAAUCUUCCAUCAUCCGCUCGCACAUGCGCCCAAACUAGUGCGCCAGGAUGUAUCUUCUUUCAAAUGUACGGUGGUGUGCAAAGUGCGCGCUU